CCCGCCGGGGCCCGGCGCAUGGCGGCGGCGGCGGCGGGGAGCAUCACCACGCUGCCGGCACUGCCUGACGACGGGGGCAGCGGCGCCUUCCCCCCCGGACACUUCAAGGACCCCAAGCGCCUCUACUGCAAGAACGGCGGCUUCUUCCUGCGCAUCAACCCCGACGGCCGGGUGGACGGCGUCCGCGAGAAAAGCGACCCUCACAUCAAACUGCAACUUCAAGCUGAAGAAAGAGGAGUGGUGUCAAUCAAAGGCGUCAAUGCAAAUCGCUUCCUGGCUAUGAAGGAGGAUGGCAGAUUGCUGGCCCUGAAAUGUGCAACAGAAGAAUGUUUCUUUUUUGAGCGUUUGGAAUCUAAUAACUAUAACACUUACCGAUCACGGAAAUACUCGGAUUGGUAUGUGGCACUGAAAAGAACUGGGCAGUACAAACCUGGACCAAAAACUGGACCUGGACAGAAAGCUAUCCUUUUUCUUCCCAUGUCUGCUAAAAGCUGACUUCCAUGGCAGAUUUUGAGCACGUGACACUACGCUCAAGAAAUCGAGCUUUUUAUUCCUCUCUGAAGUAGCAAAAAUAGAAGCAAUUAUUUGCUGAUAUUAACUACUUUUGCCGAUACCAGAUUAAAACAUGAAUGUUUCAUAUUGUCUUUAUAUUGCUCUUUAAACCUAUUGUGCCAGUGCAUGUGGAGGUAAAAUUACUUGGAAAAUAUAUCUUUGAGAUCAGUAACACUUCUGUUUUCUGCUAGGUAGCUAUCUGUGGAGCUAUUUUAUUUACUUCAUAUUUGCUUUACGGAGUAAAGGAAAACAAAUCUGAUGCACACUUAUAGCAAUAUUUACCUUUAAAAAUAAUUUAUAGCUUAUUAGAGAGUAAAUAUUUACUUUCUCGUAAUUACCUAAAAAGUCCAUGGAUUAUUUUAAUAUGGUCUAAAUAACACUACAAUAAUAAUUCUAAAUUAUUAAUACAGUGAAAUGUGAAAUGUAUUGCUAUCAUGUAAUGUUUUUGUAGGACUCGGGCAGCUCCCUGUGGUAUAGUUUGUAGAACAGGCCUGUGUAGAUGGCUGGAAACUCCCUCAUGGUUAUGUCGAUCUUGCCAAAGCCUUCACGGUACCCAUACAGUAAGAGUUUAGCGACACUGCUGGUGAUGGGAGUAGCAUGUUUCGUCCUGGCGAGCUCAUCGAGGUUCAUCCAUUCACACCUCAGGCAUUCCUGCUGGCAGAAGCUGAUGCUGAAGGAGGAAGGCUCCAGGCGACAGAUGACGUACAUAUCUGACUUCCCAAAGGCCCCGGGGUGUUUGUGCUGCUGUCGUAUGCUUAGGAUGGACUUGAACUCUGACUUGAUGCCAGUCUCUUCAAAAACCUCUCGAACUGCUGUGUCUCCUGGGUGAAAAGAGCAACCCUUAGAGUUACCUGUAAGAGCAGCUUAACACUCUUUAAACCUUUUGAUCAGAAAAAUCUCUAACUCUAAAUGUUCUCUCUUCUGCUUCAUAAACCUGUCAGAAUGUAAGCCUGUUGGUUUCAGCACAAGGAUAAGCUAAGUUUUUGGUCCUUGACCAAAGCUAACUGCUACAUGCCCUUCUUGUAUAUCUCCUACAAAAUUAAAGAAGUAAGAAACUUUUGGUAAUACUGUACAGGGUGUGGGUUUGAAAGGGGCAUUCUGAAGGUUGCUGGCUCCACUGAUUUCUUAAUCCAAGAUAACAUUGUUCCCUCUUUUCAGUCCUUUGAAUCUCAGCCCCCGUCUCUGUCCUCUCUCAGAUUCAGACCCUGUGCAACUGAACACCUGUAUGUAUGUCACAUCACUUAAUCCAAUCCACUUCACUGUGCACUGCCACAAGGUGUAACAAAUUGGGGAAAACUGUCAUUUGAAGAAAGUUGGUACUAAGUCCUUUUCAAGAUGUAAGUGUCUGGCUACAUUUCAAAUAUGCUGUAAUAGCAGUAUAGUAUGUAGCCUGUUCUUGCAGAAAACAUGCAGCAUCUGUGCUGCAUCUGUGCCUGCUGUGUACAUCCACCCAAGCGAUGUGUUAAUAUUCCCCGUGAAAAAAGUAGCCAGAAUUUCAAGGGUCUAGAGGGUCUGUGUACUGCAACUACAGCCAGAGAAUCGCCCCUCUAUCCAGUACGCUUCAAAAAAGGAGGUUUUUCUCUUGACUAGUAAAUUGAAGAGGUCAAAUGAGAUUUUUGAUAUUCGACUUAAGUCAAAUCCUACUUGCCUGGGCUAACUACUAGUAGGUAAAAUACUAGCUUUUUGCAAAUCUGUGUAAACUCAUAGUUGUGUCUUGUUUGCCGAUCAGCUACAUGCAUUUACUGUUCAAUGUUGCCUGCUUCUGAUAGUUCAUUUUCAGUAAGAAGUGAGUGUGCUGGCUCACUUUCAAAAGCAAAAUAGAAUUUAAAAGACCUCGUGGAGAUUUGCCUUCCUGUGGAAGCUUGCAUCUUGCCAUGUCAAGAGAUGAACACCACAGACAUUUUAGGGUUUGUAUCAAAUAUUUAGAAAUAAUUUGGACGUACAGUGGCUAGCAAUAGCUAAAUAAAAGAAUCUACCCAGCAGAGGCCAAGUGAUAAUAAGUUAAUGACCCUGAUUCUGCACCUACUUCUGCCUCUGCUCAGCUUCCAUACUGCAAUGGAACGAGCUAUGUCAAGUUUACACCAAGUAAAGAGAGAUCUUUGUAGAGAGAGACUGGAGACCCAGACUUUGUCGCAGUAUUAAUUAGUUAGAAGGCUACUGCAUAUGGGGAAAGAUACUCCAUUACCAUUACUGACCCUUGGAGGGCUUUCACUUUAUGUUGCCCAGAGAGGCAUCUGUGGCCCUUUGGUUUAAAUAGUGGUUGUGAAGCAAACUUUCUGUAGUAAAUGGUUUUAUUACUUGGCAAGGGCUGUAUUACACAAAAGUGGUCAAAGAAAGUAAAAACCAGAGAUCAUGAGGAGUGUUGAGGCAAGCUAUGGUAAGAAAACUCAAAUAAUUAGUGAUUUCAUUUGAGCUUGGCUUUUAGAUCAAGUGCCUUUUUCUGUUACCCUUUUAUUUAAGUGUGUGCAUAUAUAUAUAGAUAGAUAGAUAGAUAGAUAAACCUAUUAAGACAGUUAAACAAGAUGAAAAACUAGGUCUUGAAUUUCAGAACUAUUCAAGUGCAACAAUGUGUGCACUUUAUCUGCAUUAUGAAACUAUUCAGAUUGUGUGAGUAAGUUUGUACUCAUCAAAGCAGGCAGCCGGGUAUUUUGUCACUCCAUAUAGUACAGGAUCUUCAAGCAUUGUUAACUGCAGUUUGUAAUUGCAAGUUGAAAUUUGGUCCUUGAAUGACUGUGAGUUUAUAAGGUUUGACGUAAGGAUGAAAAAGGAAAAUUAAGCUCUAUUAUAUCUUAUGCUUCACUUAUUUAUAUCUUCAUGUAAUAUUAAGAUGUGAUGCAGAAUGAUAACUUUUAUUAUAUACUUUAGUAGUGGCAGGAGGGGAGCUGUAAGAGACUUGUUUCCUCCCAGGUUUUUAUCAGUAACUACAUCCAGGCUGUGGCCAUGACCUCACCUACUAACUAGAGGGAAGACCACUGUUGCCAGUGCUGACCAUUCUCUUCCUUCACUAAAAAAGUUCCCCUGGUACCUCCUGGGUUAGAGCUGCUCUGUAUCACUAGAAGACAGCAAAUGCAGCAUGUGGGAUUCUUCUGAAAGCAUGAGUCUAUUUCACUAUGGUACACAGAUUUGCAUUGUCAAGCAAAUAAUUUUGAUUUCUAUCAUUGCGUUUGACAAAGCUGCUUAAAACGUGAAUGAAAGGUACAACUCAGCCAAAUCUGGUGACUAGAAAGAAAUUGUAUCCACAUACUGAAGUAAUGAACUGGAAUACGAGCCGUCCAUAUGUUGUGGUAAGGAAGACGUCUAAACCAAGAGGAAGAUGUCUAAAACAAGAGGUAUUUCUAAGGCAUGAAACAGUCAGGAAACCUGGGCUCGGUACGCAGUUUGCCAGAGCUGCUGCAUUGCUCUAGGCACUGUCUUUGGGUUCUACAUUUUUGAAUUGUUGGAUGAAAAUAUUCAUUUCUGAAUGCUGAUAAUGGGGCUAAACUAAUGUAACUUUUGAAAAGAAGACCUACCUAAUAACUGCAGUGUAACUUCAGAAUUGCCCUGUCUAGGGAUCAUCAUUUAAGGGUUGAGAUCCAAUGAGAAAAAGCACAAUUUUCAGUCUGUUCACCAACACCCUUGUUCAUUCACCUCUGAACACAACUGCAGCCAUAUUCUUCAUUAUCACCUGUGGUAUGCUGGGUAGAAAUGAGAGGUUUCCUCACAUCAGCACUGGUUUUUAAUGCAGAAGUGCCUUAUGCCUCUGCUUGUAAGUAGGUGCCCAAAAGCCUGAGGCACUGCACUUAGCGCUGAUGCUGUGCCAAAGAGCUCUUAGUCUAAACAAAUGAACAAGGGUGGAAGGAAACAAGUGUGUUUAUUUCUGUUUUGCACAUAAAAAUGGAGAGUUGGAAAUUUUUGCUCAGUACAUCAUUGAGCUCACUGGCCUGGAUUCCAGUGUGAACUGUGAGCUUGCCAUUUCCAUUUUAUUUGGGUUAUAUACUGAUUACCUUAAUCCCCUGCACUUCUGGCUCACACUACAGCAUAUAGAACAAGCUUACAAAAAAUAAGCUGGCUUCCAGCACUCACUUAAGAGAAAUUGUGGAAAAGGGUAAAUGUUGUAAAUAUGAAACUUCCCUGUCCAGAACAUAAUGUUACCCCAUUACUACUGAGGUCAUAGGAUCACGUCACUUCAUCUAUUCACCGUUAAUUCAAAGCAGCGAUUAGUCACAGGAGUGAUGUGGGUCACAAUGUAUUUCAGCACUGUUCGUGUCUGUAAUUCUCUUGACGUCUGACCUGUUACCCUGGGACUUACCGAUGUCUUCGCCUGGAUUAGACAGACCUCCUGGAAACUUCCACGCAUUUAUAGUCUGUAUGGGAGGGAAAAAUAUGACUGAAGUAUGCAGCCCAUGUUGUGUUCUCUAACAUGAAGGAGACAACACAUGACUUUUCUUAAGUUACAGUAUUUUAAUUACUCUUAUAAACAUCGGUAAGGAUUUAAGUAGGACCUUCUCUGUUCUUGCUAAUGUGAUGAUCAAAGAUACCUACGGUCUGUAUGACAUAUUGGAAUAAAACAUCUACUGACUGAAAUUACAAACUGUCUAACAGUCAUUGGACAAUGUUGCUGCUAGAUAACUAGAUAGAGUAGUUGAAUAAUUUAAAAAAGCUGCUAUAGACUAUAUAAUCUUAUAUUUAAUCACUAAUAUAUUCCACUCCCAUGGUUUUGGCUUUUAAAAAAUGUAUAUAUUUAAUCUUCCAAACAGGUAUUGUGUGAUUGUAGUACUGUUCUGUACUGCACUGGCUUUAAGACGAAUUUGUGUGUCUGUAAUAACCAUUUAAUGUAAGUUGUUUGUUUUCAUGGAAUAUAAAACCUGAGGCCUUGUGUGUGAUUUCUAUAUUGAAGCAUUUAUUGAAUUGCAAUAAAGUUCAGUACUUAAAACAGAA